GGCUGUUUCCACAUUUUCUCGCGAGAGUUGGAUACUACAGAAAUGGAGAAGCGAUCUGAGUGUUUUUUGAGUUUGCGUUGCAGGGAGAGGAGGACAGCAUCAUACUGCAGACAUCACACACACUGUGAGUUCGAGAGCUUGUUUAAAACAUCAGGAUAUAUGAAGCGACUGAGUGUUUAAAGGGGAAUAUGUGUAAACUCCAGCAAAGCGCUUUGAUGUGAACAUGGGCGGCGCUUUCCGUCUGUGCUCGUCCAGAGGAGAGAAAAAGCGUCCGUAUGGGGGGAGAGAGAAGAGAGCUCGGGGGGCAUAAUGCACACUCAGGAAAUAAGUCGACUGCUUGCAUGAAUCCGUCUUUUUCGCUGCUGGAGAAUUAUUGAGAGAUUGCGGCAAACACACCCAGAAAUCUCUAUGAAAUCUCUCAUUUCGUUUUAAGAGGGAAAAGAAUCACCGGGAUGCGGAGGAGCAUCCCGGGGCUAGUCAGUGCAUGAGCCCGGGCAGCAAGCCUCUCCUCCUGGGCUGGAGAAGGGCCAGCAAGUCGGCACAAACUGGAAUUUAAAAAAAUAAAAGGUGGAUUGUUUUGAGGGGAACAGCUGAUCGUUUCUACCUGCGAUUAAAACACCAUGUGCGGACUAAUCGUGAAUCAGAGCGACCCCAUCACCGCAGCGAUGGCCGGGGUGAUGAUGGGGCAUGAGGGACUUUUUUUUGGAUGUCCCGUUUCCCUUUAAAGCAAGAAGGUUGAGAUAGAGGCACAAAGACGCUCUGACCUCCACCUGCGCGCACCGACAUGGAUAAACUCACCGUGAUUUCAGGAUGUCUCUUCCUCGCUGCAGACAUCUUCGCCAUCGCCAGCGUCGUCAACCCGGACUGGAUCAACACUGGAGAAUCAGCUGGCUCUCUUACCGUGGGAUUGGUCCGGCAGUGCCAGACUAUUCACGGCCGAGACCGGAGCUGCAUCCCCCCGCAGCUGCCCCCGGAGUGGAUCACCACGCUCUUCUUCAUCAUCCUUGGCAUCAUCUCCCUCACCGUCACCUGUGGUCUGCUGGUGAUGUCUCACUGGCACCGCGAGGCCACCCGAUACGCCCGAUGGAUCGCCUUCACAGGGAUGGUCCUGUUCUGUAUGGCUGCUCUCAUCUUCCCAAUCGGCUUCUACAUCAAUGAAGUUGGAGGACAGCCAUAUAAACUGCCCAACAACACAGUGGUGGGCUCUUCUUAUGUACUCUUCGUUCUGUCCAUAUUCUUCACCAUAGUGGGACUGCUGUUUGCUGGUAAGGUGUGUUUGCCCGGCUGACAUACCUUCCUCCUCUUGUUGUAUCUUUUGGAGAAAACCCUGACAUAGGAGGCAACUUGAGUUUGAGUUCACUGCUCCGUGGCAGCGUUGGAAAUACAACAAAACUGAAUUGUCACGAUGAUAACUGGAGCCGGAGGCGGUGCGUUGGAUCCGUCCACGUGUUUGUUCAGAGACUGAGCAGGUGCAGGGAGCUGGGCCCUCAUCUUUGUCCAUCCUGAACGAUGAGUGUUAAGUGCUGAAGAGACAGGAGAUUAAAAAACUUGAUGGAAAUGAAUUAAAACAUCAGGACUGACUGUGUUAUUGGUCAAAUUCUUCCCAUCAACUAAGCUGCGCAUACAGGGAUUAGACUGAUGUCAGGCCUGAUCGUGGCCAAAAAUUGUCUCCUCCAACGUAAUGGAGAUUCUUCCCUGAGCACGACUACAGUACGUUAAAAUAAAAUCUGUUUUAUUUAUUUAUUUUGUAAGUUUUUUUUAAUUAAAAAGCCUAAUGUAUUCCAGAGUUUCCCUGCCAUUAAUAUGUCUUGUGUAUCACCUUGCCUUAAAGAGCUGUUAAACUUAAAAUAACCAUCAUGUUGUUGUGAGAUCAAUUCUAAAAUU